UAGGUUCAAACACGCGAAUACCACAGCAGGGAUCAGAGCAAAGCAGAUCAGCUUCAGCUUCAGCUCAGCAGUCACUUAUUUGUUGCUCUCUUUUUCGCUCUCCUCCUGUCGACAUGCAGCCACAACAUGCGAUACUUGGAGCCGCCGUGCUGGGCAUGCUCUUGGCCUUCGGUUGCACGCUGCCCGUGCUGGAUGCCAGCUCGGGACUGGACAAUGCGACCAUCGAGGAGCUGCGCGCCAGCAUCAAUGAUACGCCCAAGAAUCUUUAUGUGGUCAAGGCUGUUGUUUAUGAGAUUGGCAUCCUAACCGAGGUGGGCGACAAUGAGACCGAUUUCGAGAGUCAGGAGCGUGUCGAUCUUACCUUCUACGAUGCUCACACUAAUCAGAGUCACAUUGAUCUGGGCAACAUUCCGCUGCCCAUUCAAACCAACGUUUCGGGUCAAGUGCUCACAGGCAUUGCUCCAGUUAACAUUGGCGCCUUCAGCAGUCCUCAAGAGCUGCUGCAAACGUUGCCACUCACAGGCAGCAUUGUGAACAUUACGCAUAGUGACACCGCCUUCUAUCAGCUGACCAAGUCGAACACAAGUGCCCAAGAGAAGCCACAACUACUGAGCGAAGACGCGUUAGCCAAGCUAACCCAUGCGGCUCAGCUCUUCCCCAGCUCGAGUGGCUACGGUGCAUCCGCUGCCUCCAAUGAGCUGGCAAACAAUUAAACAAGAAGUUCCCUUUUCAUCACUAAAGAAUACAAAGACGUAAUGCAGUGCGUUGUGCUCCCCACAUAAAAUAAUACUUAGUAGAGUUUAAGCUAAAUAGUUAACUUAGUUAUAUCUACAUAUAUCAGCAUAAGACUGGAUGAGGACGAGAUCGUUAGACCCUUUAGAAAAUACCAAGUUUAGUUAGUUGACAUUGCCAUUGCCAUGGUCAAAAUACAAAAUCACAAGGUUGGAAUUUCGCAUUUUGUAUACAACAACAUAUAUGUAUAUGUAUAAAAUAUAUCACAUUAGUAAUAGCACAUUUGCUUGGACUUUGACUCUGGGGUUUGGCGUACUCAUGUGAUACCACAAAUCGAAUGCGACUGCUAAAAGCUUUCCUCUCUACAGCCACUUCUCACCUAAGUCAAGCUCGAAAACUUGGAACUUUCCUUUUAGCAGAACUCUUUUUUUAUCGCACAUUGUUAUGAAAUUAAUUUUAAUGUUAGUCAUAAAUAAAAGUAAUUUCUUUCAAAAUACUUUCGGUUGUUCCCCUUCAAUUCAAUAAACACAUUUUUGUAUAUUAACUAGUUUUUAAUUUUUCUCAUUUUCAUUUGUUUGUUUGUUGUUGUGUUGUUUUUAGCUUUUUAACUGUAGUACAUGGUUUCUUACUGGCUAAUAGAUGAUAUAUUUUAUAUUAAUAGAUAUAUGUAAUAUAUAUAUAAAUAUAAGUUUAAACUUGUACACGGAAAUUAAAAUUUAUUGAACGUCUCAGAUCAGAUUAAUUCCACUUCUCCCCCCAAACUCACAAAUACAUAUCCCCCCAUACCAGGCCCCCCUGCUCCCUGACCCACAACUUCUUUUAUCACCCCGCGCUCAACUCAAAACUGUAUGCUGCAAAACUUUUCCCAGUUAUGCUCUCCUAUCUCUUUCAUCCUUUCACUCGUCAAGUUACCACUCGACGAGCUAAUAUACUAUUCAAGAUGUGUUAGUGUGUGUGUGUGUCAGAGUCUUGUAUAUGUGUGAGAUUGUGGACGUGUGUGUGUGUGUGUCUGUGUGUGUAAUAUGUACAUACUGCAACGCACAUUUAGAUACUUGUAUAUAGUAUAAAUAAUAUUUAGUUUUUAACUAAUUUACAUAGUCAUGUAGACGAUGCGCUCUAGCGGCUUUUCUUUUACAAUAUAUAUCUCUAUUUAAUAAGUGUGUGUAUAUGUUUGCGUGUGUGUGUGUGUUCAAUGUGUAUGUGUGUGUUUAUAUGUUAUCGUAAUUAUUUAUUAGUAGUAGCUACAAUUUUCAACUUAUGUGCACACUAUAACGUAGAUAAACUAAACCGUAACUAGAAUCUGAAUUCGUAUCUGUAUCUGCAUCUGCAUCUGCUUCUUGUGUAGCUCUGUUUGUAUCGUAAGUUGUCUGUAUCUGGAUCUGAUCGGUGUUAGUCGGUAACCUUUUCUUAAUGAUCGACGUUAUAUAUAUAUAAUUUUAGGUUGCUUUGUGUGUGUGUGUGUGUGUUUUCACUAAAUUUCCGCUCGCUUUAUACAGUUCUGGCUUAGUAACAAAAACUUUAUAUACGCAUGCAUCGGG